GGAGAAUCUGUCGGGUUUGAUGUAGUCGGAGUGGACAUGGCGUAAAACUCGAGGAAGGGGGUUGCCCUCGUAAUAAAAAAAAAAGGGCUUUAUGUAGAUGGGCGCUUUUUGACAAAGCUGCUUUGGUGAUUUUUCGGAAGUUUCCACAUGGAGAUUGCACAGCACGAAUUCUAUCCUCCGCUCUCAGCUUCGGCUUCGGCUGCUCGUGGCGAAGUCGACAUCACUCCUAUCUGUUACGGCUAGCCGGUGAACGUGGUGAACGAAUGGCUCAGCAUCGUUGUUCCUCCACGAGAGGUGCCUGUGCCUCAGCCCCACACGCCGUCAGGAAAGUCCACCUCCCACAGUGUCAAAGCCUGGACUCAAAACCCAACACAUACGUACAGCCAAUAUGGAAAGUCACACUCUCUGCCCCAGCAAGGUCUUCUCCAGCUUGUGAAACCUUUCUAGAUGAUACGUUUAUCAUUCCCUUGCCGGCUGGGCUAGAAGCAUAAGUUUGGGGGCGGUGUUAAUUCAGAAUCACAUAACUGUCGUAGAGCCGAUCGUCUGUCGCAAAACAGUAUCCAUUUCUGCAGCGUGGAGGCGGUGCCAGUUGAUGUUCGCGUCAUGAAUUCGGCCAUUUAAAAUUCCUAGCUAACUAGCUUAUCUACUUAUGUGAUGCA